GUGAGGGGUGCAUGAGGUAGCAGAGAAUUAAGAGAUCAUCAUUGCAAUGGACAACCUGUUAGGCGUUCUUAAAGUCCGUAUCAAACGAGGCGUCAACCUCGCCGUCCGCGAUGUCCGGACCAGCGAUCCUUACGUUGUUGUCAAGAUGGGCAAACAGAAGCUGAAAACCCGUGUUAUAGAAAAGGAUGUCAAUCCUGUAUGGAAUGAAGAUCUUACCCUUUCGGUUUCUGAUCCUAACAUUCCCAUUAAGCUGACCGUGUAUGAUCAUGACACAUUUAGCAUGGACGACAAAAUGGGGGAUGCAGAAUUUGACAUCAAACAGUUCCUAGAGGCCUUGCAGAUGCAUCUAGAUGGCUUCCCGAGUGGCACCGUGAUCACACGAGUACAACCGUGUAGAGCAAAUUGCCUGGCAGAGGAGUCGUGUGUCGUCUGGAAAGAUGGUAAGGUCUCGCAAGAUAUGUGCCUGAGAUUGAGAAAUGUGGAAUGCGGGGAGGUAGAACUCCAAUUUGAGUGGAUGGCGAUUCCCGGCCACAAGUAAAGGCUUCAUCCACCCCCUCUUCUUGAAAUUCACUAUUUCUUUGGAAAAUGUCUUUUAAAAUGGUCCUGUAUAAUUUGCCAAUCCAAGGCUAUGUAUUGUUGAAUAAUUUGCACAUUGAAUU